CAAAAUAAUAUUUUACAAUAUUUAUGUUCCGGUUGUAAAGUAAGAGUUCACAAUAAAUGCAGAUAAACUUAAGCAACAAAACGCAGUAACAACGAAUAUGUUUUCAGUAUAAUUUUAAAUUUGAAUUAAGCAAUCAUUUUUGGUAAUCGUUUUAAUUCGACUAAUUACUUUGCUGAUUAACUAAUUAAUUAGAAAUACGCAAUUAAAGCCUUUAAUUAUUAUUAAUAAAAAUCCAAUUAUCAAACAAUUAAAUGAUGAUUGAUUUUAAAUGGCCAUUAACUUUGUUUGAUCUUCCUUUUAUGUACAUGUGAUCAAAAGAAAAAUAUCUCUCUGCAAUAAGCAGUGUUCAACUUAUUAAAGUAAAUUAACGAAACAAUUAAAAUGCAAACUGUAAAACAAUGGACCAUUGCAGUAUAAAUAUCCAGACGGCACAAGACCCAAGCCAUAAAACCUUUUACCUCAUAAAAUAUACACUGAGCAAAAUUAUACCAAGCCAGGUCAUUACCUUAAUACACAAAAUUCAUAGUCUUAUAAUAUAUAAUAGACUUCAUCUGCCUACAAAUAAAUCAGCAUGGACAUUAUCUCAGCAGCGUGUUGUCUUCGCAACAAGUUGGUGGCUCUUCACAACAGUGAUAUGACUGUAUCACAACUUGAGAAUGCUAUAGCCAAUGUGGACCAGCAGAGUAUGAUGUCAGUCAUAGAAGAUAAACAGUCUCAUCAUCUUCGUCUACUUCUCCGUUUGUCUGUCAACGAAGGAGUGUGUCACAUGUACAAGCAGUAUUCCAGCAGAAAAUGGACUGAGGUACAAAAGACAGCAUCAGCGAUCAAGUCCAGUUUAGAAGCAGACGAUAAUGUACAGAUGAAUAUUAACACUUCAUCAUCAGCAACAAGUGGGCAAACGUUCCAAGAUAGGGCUGCCGGAGUGUGGACCAGCGUGGUUUGUGAGUUGUCCAGAUGUGAUUGAUAAUACAGAAUACAAUGUGCCUUUUUAGUGCUUUUCAUAUAUUAUUUUGUUGUUGUGUAAACUUGUUGUUACUGCUGUGCUAAAAUGUGUUAUUUGAUUACAAUAUUAUGAAUAAAAUACAAAAAAAUAGAUGGUGUUGGUCUUUAUUAGAAUUAAGAAUGCUAAGCUGUGUAAUAGAAAUAUCAAAAGUGUGUAACGAUUUAGUUUGAAACAGAUAUGAACUUAUGCGAUAGCUUUGAAGAAACCUCUUAUAUUAUGACAUACUGUAUAACCUGUCUUGGUAAACAUGGACUGUAUUGGCAAGUGAUAAUGUAAAGAGCACACAUUUUUCAAAUAAGAAAAGAUGAAAACAAACAUAAUGUAUAUUAAAGUAUAUUUAAAUGCUACAAUGAAUCUGUGGAAGAAUGACAUACAGCAUAACCUCUCAAUAAAGACCGGUCUUGCAAAAUACAAAAUAUAUUGACAAGUGGUCAUUUAAUGAAAGAACAUAACAUUCAGUCAAAGAAAAACAUAAUUCACUUUUAAAUGUU